AUGUGUUCAUGGAUUUCGCGGACCUUCCGCUCUGCGCAGGCGGCCCAAUUGCGACGUGGCAAUGCGGUCCGUGAAGAGGCGGAGGACUUUGCUGCAGGAGACCUGGUCAAGUUUAAGGCUAAGGUAGCGCAGAUUGGCCCUGCUAAGGUUCUGUCCAAGGACAGUGCGGUCAUGUACACCAUCAUGUUUGGUGCGAAGCGGCUGACCCGUCAUAGGACGCAGUUGCGUACGUACUUCGAGCCGGCGUGCCCGGAAGUGGCCCAACGCACAACCAUGGUGUUCCGCUCGGCGUAUGAGAACUGGUUGUUUCUCCGCUCGCCAUUCAGGCAGGCUAACAUGGAUGAGCGGCGUUCAGCUUUACACCACAUGACUCAGACGGUGUCGGGCAAGAUAUGGCUGGGGCAGGUGUUGUAA